AUGGACGAGAUGAUGUCGUCCUACGUGCUGCAGCCGAACACGUUCCUCUACGCGUCGUUCGGCCUUCUUCUGGUGCAGGGAUUCCUCUUCUCGUUCGAGUGCCUGUGGCGAACGCUCACCGGCCGGCCUACGCGGAUCACGACCACCACCUUUGCCACGUUUGCCUCCUUCGCCCGCACGGCCUCGCUCGCUGUGUUCGUGGUGGUGCUCUCGCUGUUCGCCUUCUGGUAUUUCACCACGGUGAUCCUGCUCGUCCGUAACUUCGAGGCCAUGAAGCAGACGUGGGCGCUCAACCUCAUCGGCGUGCCCACAGCGCUGGUUACUGUGGCCGAAUGUGCCACUUUCGCUUACCUGUGGUGGACCUACGACGAACACCGCGAACAACCAUUCGUCAAUGCCAUGUCUUUUGGCUCAGGCGUGUUCCUGAUCGGCAUCGCGUGGUGGGGCCUCACGCUUGCCCAUGUGCCUCUGCGGCAGGGCAAAGAGUUCGCCUGGAAUUGGCUCGCCAUCUACGGUGUGUUCCUGGUGGCUUAUGUGGCGAUCUGCUAUUACAACAACCUGGUCGUGCCCACGUUCAUCGGCGGCUUGGUGACGGUGCCGUAUGGCUUCGGCAUGUAUGAGAGCAAGCAGCAGCUCGAUGCCAAGAAGCUCAGAUAG